GAGGCUCAUGCAAUUGCACAACGAAGUCUGAAAUGGUCUGCAACCCUACAGACUCCGUAAAGAAGACUGGGCAACUCUAAAAAAUUCUGCUGGGCGGGCACACCGUGAAUGUUUACGUCUGAACGUGGAGGUCACUGCACGCGGCUAGCGCAUGUCAGUUGUUUCUGAAACGCGUGAGAUCGUUUGACAUUCAACCAUUGCAUUCAACUGAACAAAUGAAGAUCGCAACACACGUCAUUUGUAAGCAAAUUGUCAUUUCCUUAAUAAACAGCGAAUCCAAGUCGUAAUUUAUUUGUUCCACCUCUAGUAUUUUGUUGUGUAAAUAUACAAAUAUAAUAUACUUUAAUAUGGGUGACGUUAGCGACGAUAUCGAAGAAAUGAGUGUUGAUGUAGAAGAAGAGUCCCAAAACACAUUUUUAGCUCCGGAACCACCUGAAGGAAUGGACGUAAACUCUAACUUAUUGACAACUUUCUCAUCUUUGAUUCUUGAUAAUUGGUUUUUAUUGUUAAUAUUUGGUGUGUGUUCCAUGUAUAUAUAUCAAAGAUACAUUUAUCCAGCAAUUGAAAAAUUUAUGCACACUUUAGCUGACAGAGAAAUGGAGGCAAAACUGCAUAAAAAUCCUGAUCUGGUGAGAGCUCGCCAAGAAGCAUUGAUGGAAGCUCGAAGGAAAAUGCAGGAAAAGCAUGAUGCAGAGGCUGCAAGAAUGGCAGAGUUACGAAAACUGAGAGAAGAAAAGAAGAAAGAAGAAAUAUUAUCUAAAAACUUAGAAAAAUACUCCAGUAUUGGACAUACAUUAAAUGAAGCUGAUCCUAGAAGCCAAAGUGGCCCUUCUUCUCGCCCAAACAGAACAGAUUACAAUCCUUUAAUGGGUUCUGGUUCUGGAGGAUAUCGUCCACAGAGGCGACGCCCUUGUUCUGGUGGAGGAUGUGGGUGAUUCACUGAGAAUAUGUAUGUCAGUUGGUGUGCAGUAAAUCUUACUAAUAAACUUCAGAUCAUCUGAUAAAUGAAUGAUUGCCAAAUUGUGCUUCAUUGUUUUUAAUCACUAAUGUAUAAAUAAAUGAUAUUAUAUUUUUCCCCUGUAACAUAAUUAUAAAUAAAAUUGAAGUUUAAUUUCUCAAAUGC